UGCGAUUGCGCAUAUCUCCAAGAGAUAUCUCAACGUUGUGGUUCGUCAUUUUCAUGAUCGCCAGGUACAGCCACUAUGUCCCCCGUAUGGUACACGCGCAGAGGUAGAUAUAAGAAGGCGAAUGCCUUUCCUCCAACUCGAGUGCUUCAUUCGUUAUUCUUGUGAAGCACCUCAUAUUCGCCUACCAUUUGCAAUCUUUCUUUGAGCAGAAGAUUAAUCUUUGGAACAAAAACUGGAAAAAGAAGAUUCUGCCGAACCAGCACCUCACGUUCGACCAUCAUGGCUCUUGCUCCAAGCAAUAUCGAUCCGGACCACCUUGUCCUCUAUGCCUACAAACCCUCCGCUGUAGCAGCUGGCAUCUUCAUGGGAAUUUUCGGAGUAGCCACUGUCGCCCACAUAUUCUAUCUUCCCAAAUUGCGCCAAUGCUUUUUCAUUCCUAUGAUCUUGGGCGGUAUCAUGGAAACAGGUGGUCUCUACGGUCGGUUCUGGGGACACAGCGAUCAGAACAACUUUAAGGCCUAUGUGUUACAGGCUUUGCUUCUUACACCAGCACCGAUCUUCUUGGCAGCGACAAUGUACAUGACACUAGGCAGAGUUAUUGUUGCUCUGGACUCCGACGAAGAUCAUACUCUUAUUCGUCCCCGCUGGCUGUCGAAAAUCUUUGUGAUGUUCGACAUCAUAUGUUUCCUGGUCCAGAUAGGCGGAAUCGGCAUGCAGUGUUCUACAUCAGCCUCACUACAGAAGACUGGCCGCACAGUGACAGUGAUUGGCUUGGUACUCCAGCUCGUCAUCUUCGCUUACUUUAUCAUUGUGGCUCUCGUUUUCCACAGACGCAUCAACGCCCGACCCACACCUAUCUCGGUCCAUCAUACUGUUCAUUGGGUCAGACACCUGCGUGUCAUGUACGUUACGAGUGUUCUCGUGCUGAUCAGAAACAUAUUCCGUAUUGCGGAAUAUGUUGAAGGCGCAGAUGGUCCAACUGGUCAUUCGGAGGUAUAUCUUUACAUCUUCGAUUCAGCGUUAAUGGCCGGCCUCAUGUGGGCGUUCGUCAUCGUACAUCCUGGCAGACUCCUCAGGGCUAUCAAGAAGUUGAAGAACCGUUGCUCCCUAGAGAAGGCGGAAGGAGAAUCGCUUGUGUCUCAACAGGGUGCACAUGAACAGAUGGGCGCGUAAACUUGACGACUUGGAGACGUCCGCCAAGCGGUUUGAUGGACCUGGUUAUGUUUUCCUUUGUUAAGGGUGGGUUAAAUUGGUCCACUGUGGCUGGAGUUGGUGUGGAAGCUGUUGACGGUCUUAUGUUUCGUUCCUACGUUUGCCUAGUAAUCUAGAGCCUAACAUGAAUUACUUGCUUCGAGAGUCCGGU